GCGUCACGAGCACCUGCCUCGUUUUGGAACAGUUUACAGUGACAACGAAAAAGUGCUAAAGUUUUCAUCAAUAAAAGAGUGAUUUAUGGCUUAUAAUUAGCUGAAAUGUGAAUAUAAAUGGUGUUCUUAGAUGCUUGAGUUACUCCAGUAGCUAAAGAUAUCAGAAAAUGUUUCGCAUAAGCCCAAGAACAUCCAUUUCUUCAGCGUCUAGCGGAGGUAGUGCAGGAACAAGUCCGGAACCAUCUCCUCCAAAUUCUCCAACUUAUGUGAGUAAGUUUGAUGCGAUCAGGAAGAAAAGUGGUGAUAGACAACAGCAUUUUAAAUUUCAGGAUGAUGAGCAUAGACAGAAGACGCCAUAUUUGGAAGGGAAUCUCAAGUUCGUUCACACGAUUGAGCUGUCCAAUGACAUCAUGUGUUGCCUAUAUAGCCCUGAUGGCUCUGUGCUUGCAGUUGGACUCUCAGAUGGUAUUAUAAAGGUAUUAAGCACAGAUACAGGGAAAGUACACUACAGUCUUUCUGAUGAUGACAUAUUCUCCACCAGUCUCCCAUGUACUGCUAUACGUUUCAAACCUGCAGCUGUUGGAGACACGAAAGUGGAACACACUCAUAUCUUAGUUGCAACAUAUUCCUCAGGAUUAGUGAAAUUCUGGCAUUAUACCUCAGGGUCAUGUAUUCAUACAAUCAACGAAGCACAUCAGACUUUGGCUCUUGGCUUUAACCCUGAACACACCAAGUUCAUAACUGCGGCUGCUGACAGUACAAUCAAUCUCUAUGAUGAGCAUACCAAACAGAAGAUACGAGUUUGUGAAGCAAGUGAUUCUAAAUCAGUGAUGGAUGGUCACAGACUUAGGGUGUUUGCUGUCCAGUACCACCCCCAUAACACAAAUCAGUUUGUAUCUGGGGGUUGGGACGACACUGUCCAGUUCUGGGAUGACAGACAGAGACAUGCAAUCAGGAGACUAUAUGGUCCACAUAUAUGUGGAGAUGCUUUAGACAUUGAUGCCAAACAUGAUCACCUCUUAACAGGGUCUUGGAGGAAAGAGAACACUUUACAGAUUUGGGACUAUGGAAGUGGGAAGAAGAUCAAAGACGUUCCACAGGAUCUUUUCCAUACAAGUUUGCAUUGCAACCAUUACAACACUGCUAAGUGUAAGCUGUACUGUGCACAUUGGCUUGGUAAAGAGUUCAUGGUGUGCGGAGGCUGUGAACAGAACAUGGUUCGUGUCAUUGACAGAGGAACUCUUAAUACGACAGGGCAACUAAUUGAUCUUCCACAAGGGGCAUAUACAAUAGAUAAUGAUCGUAUUGGAAUGCAUCCUAAACUGGCAAUAGGAUCAGCACGGACAAUCUACAUCUUGAAACAUGAUCAAAAGAUAAACAAAUCUUGAAAUGUUGUACAUUCAAAUCUUAAAGAUUACAUUUCACUUAUGUUUUGUCAUUUUUGAAUUACACGUACUAGAAACAUUCAGAAACAUAAUUAACUUUGUUAUAUUUGGGUCUUGGUUAUUUAUAGUACCAUCAUUGAGAUAUAUCUAUGAAUUUUUCAGAAUUUUCUUAAAAUCAAAAUAAUGAACAUUUUAUUGAAAAGCUAGAUUAGCAUAAUAGCCAAAACUGACAUUAAUACAAUAUUGUUACAAAACCAGUUUCUACAUUACAAGUGCCAAGCAAGUCUUGAGGAAUAGUAGUUCGGGUCAAUAAGAAAGUGACAGUGAUAAUACUAUAUGGUCCAAGUAUAAAAGUAUUAAUUGUUUUACAUAUUGUAGAUUCAACUCAAUACUCUUUUUGUACAUAUUAUGUAUAUAGUUAUUAGUUAGAAGUUGCAACUUUAUGAAUAUCAGAUUUAUACAUACUUGAACAUGUUAGAGGGAUACAAGAGGGUAUGUACGUGAAUAUAAGUAUGAACAUGCAUAUAUAUGUCUUGCAUUUAUUAUGAGGUCCCCCUUCUGGACAUAUCUGUCUACUUCUUAUCCAUGAUAUGUGGGUGAUAUUGGGAGCUGACCAGG